AAGAAGUUGAAAUUUCAAUGAUGUUUCACUUUCUAUUCCAUUAAUGAAACCUUUCACUUCAUAUUCCAAUUAUGUUUCAAUUCCUCUUCAUAUAAAUUCUUCUUUUCUAAGCAUUGGAGCCAAUAAACUAAAAGGUUUUUCUUCCUUGUCCAUUUGUUUUUUCAAGGCCAAAUCCAUCAUGAAAGGGAAGAGGGAAGCUGAGAAUGAAAUUGACAUGUUUUCGAGGAGAAAGAAGCAGAGAAAACAUGAGAAAAAUAAAAAGAAGAAACAAGAAGAUACCAGUUUUAAAGGCCACAGUUCAAAGAGGGCGAAGGUUGCUGCGACUUCAACUAAGAAUGAUCAUGAUUCUAGUUCUGACGAAGACUUACCUGUAGCCAAGAAACCUUCUGUUAAUGACGCUGCUGCAGCUUCUAAGAGUGACGAGUCGAGUGAUGGAUCUAGUUUUGACGAUGAUAGCAACUCCGCAGAGGAGGAUGCUGUUGUUGAGAAGGUGCCUGCUGGUACCUCUAAAAAGGAAGAAUCAAGCGAUGAGUCAAGUGAUGGAUCUACUUCUGACGAUGAUAGCAACUCUGCGGAGGAAGAGGAUGCUGCUUCUGAAAUGGAAGAAUUCAGCGACAAGUCAGGUGAUGGAUCUAGUUCUGAAAAUGAUAGCACUUCUGCGGAGGAAAAUGUUGUCGUUAAUGAAGCGUCUGCUGCUGCCUCUGAAAAGGAAGAAUCUAGCGACGAGUCAAGUGAUGGAUCUAGUUCUGAUGAUGAUAACACUUCUGCGGAGGAAAAUGUUGUUGUUAAUGAGGCGCCUGCUGCUGCCUCUGAAAAGGGAGAAUCUAGUGACAAGUCAAGUGAUGGAUCUAGUUCUGAGCAUGACAGCAGCUCUGCAGAGGAGGAAGCUGUUGUUAAGAAAGCACCUGUUGCUGCCGAUCAAAAGCAAGAAUCAAGCAAUGAGUCCAGUUCAGAUGAUGAUGAACCGGUUGCUGCUCAACCAAAAAAGGUGAAAAACACUAGUGAUAGAUUUGAAGAAACCAACUCUGAUGAAGAUGAUUCUGAUUCUGAUUCUGGUUCAGACAAGGGAAAGGCUGUUGCUGUGUCUAAAAAGAAGAUUGAGUCUAGUGGCGACAACUUUGGUGAAGAGAUACAUAGAAGGAUGUCCAGUUCACACUGCAAGGCGAAGCAGCAAUGGAAAGAGUUCCUCAUCGGAAUAUUCUAUGAAGAAUUGGUGAUUCAUAAGAAAGAGGUGAACCAACUGGACUGGGAAGGAAUUGUUCACAAAUUAUAUCAUCGAACAAGCACACAAACUAGUGUUACCCAAGUGCAGACAUUGUAUAAAAAAUAUAGAGAUGAGACAAAGCAGUUCAUGGAUUUGUUACAAAUUACUGGCUAUGAAUGGAACCGAAAUAACAACAAAGUAACUUGUAAGGAUGAGGUGUGGGAAGAUAUUCACUGGAUCCAUGGUGGUGAGAAGCUGUUUAGAAACAAAGGGCUUUUCCAUUAUAAUUUGUUAAGGGACAUAUUCAGCACUGGUAAACUUUCUAGUUUUCCUCCAGCUGUUUCAGAAUCAAAUGUCCGGACAAGUAAUGUGUCACGUAAAAACUCCUCCAAGGUCAGCUCAAGAAGAGUUUGGAGCUGGUUAUUUGGUUAAGAGAAUUACAUUAAGAGAAUUGGAGAAGCUAAUUGUGACUCACAUUUCAUUUUACUAUAAACUUUGUCUAUUUACAAUUUAAAGGUAUUAUGUAGAUGCUACUAAUAUAAUCUAUCAUCAUGAAAAUUUGAAUUC